AUGGCUCUUAAUAAAUUAAUGAAUAUACCCGCUUUAACAAACAGCUCUCAUAGCUCCAUCAACGGCACCACAUACAAUGGUCCGAACUCGAAAUCGAAUGGGUCAGACACGGAUGAUAUUGAUGAGAAUGAUGAAUCCGGGCAAAGCAUUUUAUUAAAUAUUAUUUCUCAGCUAAAGCCCGGUUGUGAUUUAUCAAGAAUCACAUUACCGACUUUUAUCUUGGAAAAAAAAUCAAUGUUGGAGAGAAUCACCAAUCAACUACAAUUCCCAGAUGUUCUUCUAGAAGCACAUUCCGAUAAAAACGAGCUACAAAGAUUUGUCAAAGUGGUGGCGUGGUAUUUGGCUGGAUGGCACAUUGGUCCAAGAGCGGUAAAGAAACCCUUGAACCCAAUUCUUGGAGAACAUUUCACAGCUUAUUGGGAUCUACCUAAUAAGCAACAGGCUUUUUAUAUUGCUGAACAAACGAGUCACCAUCCUCCCGAAUCGGCGUACUUUUACAUGAUCCCAGAAUCGAAUAUUCGAGUUGAUGGUGUUGUCGUGCCAAAAUCGAAAUUUUUGGGAAACUCAAGUGCCGCAAUGAUGGAGGGCUUAACUGUGCUGCAAUUUCUUGAUAUCAUAGAUGCCAACGGUAAACCAGAGAAGUAUACUCUGUCCCAACCGAACGUCUAUGCUAGGGGAAUUUUAUUUGGUAAGAUGAGGAUCGAACUUGGAGACCAUAUGAUCAUUACGGGUCCUAAUUACCAAGUGGAUAUCGAAUUCAAAACGAAGGGUUUUAUUUCCGGUACUUAUGAUGCAAUUGAAGGUAUAGUUAAGGAUUGUAAUGGCAAGGAUUAUUACCAGAUUAAUGGUAAAUGGAAUGAUGUUAUGUACAUCAAAGACUUGAGAGAAAAAAAUGCAAAAAAGACUGUGCUCUUCGACACUCAUCAGCAUUCUCCUCUAGGUCCAAAGGUACGUCCAUUGGAGGAACAGGGAGAGUACGAAUCUAGAAGGCUUUGGAAGAAGGUAACUGAUGCGCUAGCCGUGCGCGACCAUGAGGUGGCCACUGAACAAAAGUUUCAGAUCGAAAACCAUCAAAGAGAACUGGCCAAGAAGAGAAUUGAAGACGAUGUCGAAUUCCAUCCAAAACUAUUCAGAAGGGCAAACCCAGGUGAAGACUUGGAUUACUACAUUUACAAGCACAUCCCUCAGGGAAUUGAUAAGCAUGAAGAACAGAUUAGAAGUAUUUUGGAAACUGCCCCAAUUUUACCAGGACAGGCAUUCACAGAAAAAUUCUCUAUUCCAGCUUAUAAAAAGCAUAAGAUCCAAAAGAAGUGA